GCGGGGCGUGGAGGCGGGGAAGGGAAGGGGAGGGGGGGGAGCGGUGCGGCCCCGGCGCGCAGAGGCAGCGCGGGCGCGGAACGGGGCGCACCAUGUGUGGCAUCUUUGCUUACCUGAAUUACCAUGUUCCCCGGACAAGACGGGACAUCCUGGAGACCCUUAUCAAAGGGCUUCAGCGGCUGGAGUACAGAGGCUAUGAUUCUGCAGGUGUGGGAAUUGAUGGCGGAAACGACAAAGACUGGGAAGCUAACGCUUGCAAAAUCCAGCUUAUCAAACAGAAAGGGAAAGUGAAGGCUCUGGAUGAGGAGGUUCACAAGCAACAGGACAUGGACCUUGACAUCGAGUUUGAUGUACACCUUGGCAUCGCCCAUACCCGCUGGGCUACCCAUGGCGAGCCCAGUCCUGUCAACAGCCACCCGCAACGCUCGGACAAAAACAAUGAGUUCAUCGUCAUUCACAACGGCAUCAUCACCAACUACAAGGACCUGCGGAAAUUCCUGGAGAGCAAAGGCUACGACUUUGAGUCGGAGACGGACACAGAGAGCAUCGCCAAACUGGUCAAGUACAUGUAUGACAACCGGGACAGCGACGACAUCAGCUUCACCACGCUGGUGGAGAGGGUGAUCCAGCAGCUGGAAGGUGCUUUCGCCCUUGUGUUCAAAAGUGUUCAUUAUCCUGGUCAAGCGGUCGGUACCCGGCGAGGCAGCCCCCUGCUCAUCGGAGUGCGCAGCGAGCACAAGCUCUCCACCGACCACAUCCCCAUACUCUACAGAACGGCUGUACAAUCUAUGGAUCAUUCUUUUGAUGGAAUAUCCAUAAAAAUGGAGGAAGGUAAAGACAAGAAGGGAAGUUGCAACCUGUCUCGUGUUGACAGUACCACCUGCCUUUUCCCCGUUGAGGAGAAAGCUGUGGAGUACUACUUUGCUUCUGAUGCUAGUGCUGUCAUUGAGCAUACCAACAGAGUGAUUUUCCUUGAAGAUGACGAUGUAGCAGCUGUGGUCGAUGGCCGCCUUUCCAUCCACCGGAUUAAACGCACAGCAGGCGAUCACCCCGGCCGUGCUGUCCAAACCCUGCAGAUGGAACUCCAGCAAAUUAUGAAGGGUAACUUCAGCUCAUUUAUGCAGAAGGAAAUUUUCGAACAGCCAGAAUCUGUUGUUAAUACGAUGAGAGGAAGGGUCAACUUUGAUGACUACACUGUAAAUCUCGGUGGGUUGAAGGAUCAUAUUAAGGAGAUUCAGAGGUGUCGUCGUUUAAUCCUUAUUGCCUGUGGGACAAGUUACCACGCUGGAGUUGCGACUCGUCAGGUUCUGGAAGAACUGACUGAAUUACCUGUUAUGGUUGAACUAGCUAGCGACUUCUUGGACAGAAACACCCCUGUCUUCAGAGACGAUGUUUGCUUUUUCAUCAGCCAGUCAGGUGAGACAGCGGAUACGUUGAUGGGUCUUCGGUACUGCAAAGAGCGAGGAGCCUUAACCGUAGGAAUAACUAACACAGUCGGCAGCUCUAUAUCACGAGAGACAGACUGCGGAGUCCAUAUCAAUGCAGGACCAGAGAUCGGGGUUGCGAGUACCAAGGCCUACACCAGCCAGUUCGUCUCUUUGGUGAUGUUUGCUCUGAUGAUGUGCGAUGACAGAAUUUCUAUGCAGGAAAGGCGCAAGGAAAUCAUGCGUGGUCUAAAGGGGCUGCCAGACUUAAUUAAAGAGGUGCUGAGCAUGGAUGAUGAGAUCCAGAAGCUAGCCACGGAGCUAUACCAUCAGAAGUCUGUUCUCAUCAUGGGCCGUGGCUACCAUUAUGCUACAUGUCUCGAGGGAGCUUUGAAAAUUAAAGAAAUUACCUACAUGCACUCUGAAGGGAUAUUGGCAGGUGAGCUGAAGCACGGCCCUCUUGCGCUGGUGGACAAACUCAUGCCUGUUAUCAUGAUCAUCAUGAGAGACCACACGUAUGCCAAGUGCCAGAACGCCCUUCAGCAGGUCAUUGCACGACAAGGGCGACCUGUCGUGAUUUGUGAUAAGGAAGACAUCGAGACAAUUAAGAACAAUAAGAGAACAAUCAAAGUUCCCCAUUCAGUGGACUGUCUGCAGGGGAUCCUGAGCGUUAUCCCCCUUCAGCUUCUGGCGUUCCAUCUUGCAGUUCUCAGAGGAUACGAUGUUGAUUUUCCAAGAAAUCUGGCCAAGGCCGUAACUGUAGAGUGAAAGAUCAUCUGAAUCAUAGGGGCAAAGGGGAAUUAAAUGAAAGACUUUUUUUUGGUACCAAAAUAACUUGAUUUUAAAGUCCCCUAGGUAAAUCUUAUUUUGGUGAAUCAUUGUUUGUGUAUAAGAUCACCGUAAUUCCAUUACAUUAGUGAUUGUCAAAUUGAUUCCACGUGCUAUGUCAAUAGCUUUGGGGUUUUUUGAACAAUAGACUUCCAUGAAAGAUAUUAAAUGGUUUUCUUUAAAGAUUACUGAGUCUUCUAGGUAAGGGGCCCUCCACUUUCCUUUAAGAUAUGUCAUUGUUUCUUAUCCAGUGUGGCUCAUUCCAAUUUUUGAUAAGAAACCAUUGAAUUAAUUACCUGUCAUGCUCUCAGGCAGCGAAGCAGGAUACCAGGAUAUACAACUGGAACAAGAGCUGUUACUGGUCAUGCUUGCGCAGAUAUUUUUAACAGUGAAGAAAACCGUAAACAAGCAUUUGGGGUCAGUUUCUGCCUCAUCUACAAAAGGGAAUCCAACUGACCUGUCACAGCCUUUAGGCACAGGGCAACCGUGCUAAGGAAAUAACGUUGCUUCAGAAGGAUUUUAUCUAUGCCAAAUACCUAGCAAGUGACAAUCGCAUGGACUCGCUGGGCCGCAAGGCGCUGUGUAACACCAGCACGUACCUGUAGCUGCGCCCGUGAGGACGGCGGAACUCGCUCACGCCUUCAAGUGGGAAUGGACGCGGUGGCUGGCUCGGGAAGGAAGCGUCCCAAAGCGGGGGGAAAAGACGAGCGUGAACCGUCCGCUCAGUUUGUGCUGGGGUUUUGUUGUUGCUGUUGAGGCUUUUUUUUUUCUAAAACAAGUAGAAGUCUUCCCCUGGUGAGGAUUUUUUUUUUUCCUGCCCUUGAGGUGAGCACUGUGCAUUAAAAACACGUCCUACGGAAUGAGCUUUAUGCUGCCGCAGGUCGCUUAGAAGUCUGAGCGUACAGCAGAAGGUUUCUGCCUUCUGUCUCCCCAUCAGAGAGCUGGCACUAAAGCUCCCUUUCUGAGGCUUUACCGCGUUAGCCAAAAGCCCUUAAUGAAAGCAUGGCUUCCAGUUCAUUUAGGAGCAGGUUGUAUGGGAUUUGUGUCAAAUUCAGCGGGUUUGGAAUUGGAGGGGAUAAAAAAAGGCGUGAUAGACACAGCAGAAAUACAUACCUUGGUAACAGUGUUAUAACAAGCUCGCGGAGAAUCAGAAAUUACACAGAAAAUACACCUUCAAGACUUAACGCUGACUUUUUCAAAGUCAUUAAAGGGCAGUUAGCUGUGUAUUUCCGCAUGCAAAAAGGUGAAUUCCUUACCAGCCCCAUGGGUUGUGAAUUAGCUUAACGCACGCACCACGAAGACAAACACGCCACGAGGCGUAAAGCAGCGCGUUGCCAGGUGCCGGUGACUGUGCCAGGUCACUUGCUGCCCCUGAAGAAUUGCCGUAAGAGAGAGACGCGGUGCCGGGGCCUGUCCACUGCCCGUGGAAGCCCCGCUCUGCUCGCCCAGGGGGGCUGGUCGUGGCUCUUCCCAGGCAGCGGGACUCCAGGCUGCCUCGCACAACGGCGGGCGACUGCUCCGACCGAGGCGUUUCCAAAGACGGCGUCUGCAGCAAUUCUACUUUUAUAUAAAACUGCAGUAACUAUUUAACGUCAAUUCAGUAUCGAUCAGCUCAAGGCUUGGUUUUAUUAGGAGAAUGAAGUGCUGCAAGCCUGGAAACAGCUUCUCAAAACUGAUACCUGUCUGUUCAUUAAUACAUUGCAUUCAGACUAUGAGUUUAUGGACGCGUUGUGCUGCCACAGUGUCUAUUUAAGAACAAAGUAGUAAAUAUUGCGUUUUAUUUAUACAGCAUUUGCUUAUGAGGCACUGACUCGUAACAGUUAUAUGCCUCUGCCUAAACAUGACCAGUAGCCUUCCCUGCUCCAUUUGAAGACAAUACUUGUCCUUAGGAAAAAAAAACAAUGUGUGUUCAAUGUCAACAAGUUGGAGACAGUUCCUCUUCCUCCCCCUCCUCCCACUCAGCUCACUUAAAAGCAGAAAGUGCAAACCUUUCACGUGGAGGGGUGGAACGAAGGCAGGGACCCCCCUCUUGUACCCCCGCCCCCAGCACAAGGACUUGCAGUAUCACAUCCUACGGCCUCAUUAGCGUGGGAUCGAAUGCGAAAGACCCCUGCAAGAGAAUUGUUUUAAGACCUUUUUCUCCUAUUCCACUGGAAGGAAAGCAGUAAGUGUUGCUUUUAUCUAGCCCCGUAGAGACGAUCGUCCCCUAGUUUACCGAGUCUCCUCGCAAACAGGAUGGUAGGAAUCCCUGCUCAGUAGAAGUUCGAUAGUGCAGGCUGUUAAAUAUUUAUGAAAGUUGUAUACAAAGAGGACCAAAGAACAGGAGUCUAAGUUAGAAAUGUUAAGUCCGACCCUCUCGUGUCGGGUGUAACUGUACAGCUAUCGCUGAGCUAUUUGGUUUUAUGCUGUGAUAGACAAAUCCUUAUUCUUUGUAAUUUAAGGCAUUAAAACUCACGACAGCUGCUUCCGUUUGUCAGAAGGAAAGGUAGCGGUCGCCCCCUGCGUUGGGCGAGCUGCCAGCCAGCUGCCUGCAGCGUGUAAAACUCGGCCUCCCAACGCAGAGGUUUAGUCGCUGCUUGCAACUAGGCUGUCGGGUGUCGUAGUGCUCAACAUCCGAGGAUGCUGUGGAGCACGCUUGCUAUGAAGAAUUUCUCUGAUGAGCAUGGUAGGGAAUCCGUUAAGCAUCUCGUCGUUAAUUGCCACGUCUGUGUGAAGUGCGAAUGUAUAAAGGACUCUUCUUAGCUUUCCUUACCUCAUUUUGUCUAGAUGUGUUGCAUUUUGAUGAAGAGAUGAUGUUUCUCUUUUUCCUUAGAAAACUUUUAGAGUGUCUUGUGAUAUUUAUUAACAGCCAGUCAGUCUUCUGCUCUCCAAAAUGAAUGUUUUGCUUACUGAGCCAGUAAAAUUCCCUCCUUCCUGAUUGAGGCGUUUUAAAAAUUCAGUAGCCCUGUCACUAAAAUUGAGCCACAGGUAAAUACAGAUCAAGGCCUUCGCCAUUUGGAACAGCAGCUGCCUAGUGCUGCGUACUUUUGUCAGAAUUGAUUUUGGUUUCACUGACCGUUUUCCUCACCUGUGUCUGCAGAGGAUUAAAGGGAAGCGCGCGCCCGUAGGUUCUCAGGGUGUUUUAGUUACUGAAGACCGGAGAACUUCAGGCUCAGCACAUGUUGAUCUCAAAGUCCGCACCACUAGUAGGGUUAUUUGACACACUAGAGGAAAGUGUACAUGGAAUACACUUCAGUCAGAAGGGCUUUCCCUCCCGGCUCUACUGAAGAAAGGCCGUAGACAGUUCUUUCCCAAAUUUGCCAGGUGAGCAAGUACUGUCUAAGGCGUAAGGAGGAGCCAUGACAGGGCAAAUGCCAUCUCCUUCUUAGCGUGGUCGUACCGACUUGAGGGUAAUUACGUACCGUCACCACGGGGACGCCCUUCCAGCCACGAGUCUGCCUUGGCACUCUUGUUUGGGAAGCCUCAACCCCUCUGUGCUGAAAGAGCCGGCAAGUUCACACAGGCCCUUUCGGAGUCAGGGGGGAGGGAGCUCGGGGAUGUGACGCCACACGUAAUCCCGCUCGGGAGCCUUACGACUAGCUGAGACCCACCGGCUUUGGUUAAGCUGCCGCUGGAAACAUCUGCAGGCAUAAAGAUGACCAACAAGUUGGUGCAAAAUUCGGCUUUUCUCCUCGUUAGCUGUCACUAGUCCCUGACGCUGCGAGUCACCUGGCGGCAGUGUGGCGGAGGGAGGGAGGGACUGAGAUUUCAGCGCGUGAAGUAGCACGUCAGUGUUUAGCUGUGGCUAAUUUUAGAUCCUACCUGAACGUACCAAACUUGCCUCAAAGCACGGAGUCCCUCCUCUACGUCAGGAACAGGAAGAAGAAACAAAGAAGCAUUUGGUUUGAAUGAGAGGAAAGAAAACUAUUUGCCUUCAAUUCAGUUUAUGUAAAUAGACAUUUGAAGUGGCAAAUACCACCGUUUCUUCCCUUCCAGACCCAUUUGCCUCUGCCUGUACAUAUCCAGCUGGCUUGGUGUGUGGGGACCAGUCUGUACCUUGUUUCCUGUUGUGUGCCGUACGCAGAAGAUGUCUUACUUUUGUCUGUAGCGUUUUACAAUUUGGGUUUUGUCUUUUUGCUUACUUUUUUUGUAUCUCACCCUUUGAAUAAAAUCAAGUGCCCGACAUUAAACAAGUGGAAUUACUGGUCUUUAGU